CACAUACGCACACACAUGCAUACACACAUGCUCCGCAAGGCUGUUCGUAGGCUGAGAGAAAAGAGGGGAGCGGAGGAGACGGCAGCACGUUCGCUGACCUUUUUUUCUCUCUUUCCAUCUCACCCUGUCUCUCUCAUUCUGCUGAUCUCAUUGUUGUCCCAGGUGGUGACAGACAGGAAAAACAGAGACACUGAGCGAGGCCAAAGAGGGACAGAGGGGUUCAUCAAACCCUGAAAAGGAGGGGAGAUUUAAGAUCCUAUUUCCGACCGAAGACACACUGAUUUAAGUGGAGUUACCAGGCCUUAGCUCCCAGGACCAACCUCCAGGAUGUCCCGGAGGAGGUCUACAGGUGACCUGGUGCCCAGGGACAUCACUGAGAUCUUAGCCCGAGAGGCAAGGGCUCAGCGUGGGCAGAGGAAGCCGGGCAGCUCCCUGGGGCAGGCCUUCAGCUGGUUAAAGGGGAGCCGGAGAAAGAAGAACAUCGGCAAUGGACUGAACCGAACUGGUACUGGUGUGACAGAUGUCAAACUGGGAAUUCACAAUCAUGACCCUGCAAAAGCUGGCCAAAAAGGUAAUGAAGACCAGAAGAGGUUGGCAGUCCACUAUACGACCUCGCAGCACCACCAGGAAAAUGUUUUCAUUGAGGGCAGCAGGCCACAGUACCUGGAGGACCUGCACACUGAGGCUCAGGAGGGACUGAAGAUACUACAGCAGGAAGAACACAAAAAUGGAAUGAACUUUCCUGACGACGAAAGCAUCGCUUCCUCAGAUACCCUCCGUCCAGAGCAAGAUCUCAGCUCCAAGGACGGAGGUGGCUCUCCGGAGUCAACAUCCACCACCGGGAAUACUGAUGCCACAAUAACCUCUUCUGUGUCGACAAGGCCUGUGCUCACUCACCAAGGUUCUACAUUUAAGCCACUGAAUCCAGUGAAAAGGUUAGAGAAGAGCAGGAAGAGGAGCAGGAGGACCACUAUCAUGGGUAUUCCCAACCAGGUCCAGAAAGAGCUUGCACUGCACAGAAGCUCCACCUUCCAGCCACUUGUUUCUACCCAGCUCCCUAAUCAAGAUGGACAGGUCACUGAAAGCCAAUCCGGUGUUGUUAUCAUUCCUACGGUUGAUGGAGGGACUCCAACAGCAAAUAAGGAGGGAGCAAGAGUGCACCUUUCAGAGCUGGAGCAGGCAUCCAGAGAUGAACAGCUGCUUAGGAAGCACCUCCAUGCAAUGUACCAGGAUGAGAAGCCCCUCAACCACCAGGGCUUUGGCUCCCAUCUCUGCCCCAACUCCACCCUGAGACCCAAGUCCCUUGCAGUACCUUGCAUGACCACUUCCUCCUCCUUCUGUCCUUCAUCGAUGUUUACCAUCCUCCAGGAACCCCAGGGCCCAGUGAUGUCCAUAUCUCCUCAGGCAACUUACUUGUCUACAAUCAUCCCUAAUGCAGUCUUGCCAGCCUCGAUUGAAGUCAUAGAGAUAGAUCGCAGCAGCAGCCGGAAUCGUGGCAGCAGUGUCAACCAUAGCAGCAGUAUCCGCACUGUAAGCAAAAGCAGCCUGGCAUCCGAGGACUCAUCAGUCAGCCCUUUGUUGUCCAGAAGAUCAGAUGGUGACGGUUCCCACACUGAUCAUUCCCGCAAUGAUUCCACAACAAUACCCGCAUCGGCUUCAGGGUCAAAUUGGAGUGAGUCACAGUUUUCAAAGACCAUUAUUUCAAACUCUUCUCCUGUAUCCUCUAAGGGGAGCGCACGCAGUGGUAACUCCCAGAGAGUGGGUCUCAAUGGGCAAGAAAGCCAGCAAGAGCACUCUGGUGGAGAUCAAGACCUUGUCAGUAUACGUAGCUCAGUUAGCGGGAUUAGCAGCCCCCACAGUAAAAAUGAAGAUCUUUUUAUAGGUCAAGGUUCAGAGUCUGCUGUGUCAGUGUCAGUGACUGCUGGGGAGAAUGCAAAGAACAAGAGUAACUUCACUCGUAGUCUUUCAAUUAUGAAGACCAAACAACCCCCGGCACCUCCACGGAGAACAAACUCUCUCCAUAGUAAUAAGAUCAGGAGUAAUUCCAAAGUUCUGGUGGAAAGCAAAGAUCUUAAUGACUCUGUGUCUGGAAAGGUGGCAACUGCUACAGAAAAUACUGCAGCAAAGGAUGAGAUUAAGUUGGUCACUGGAAAUACCAGUAAGAUCCCCACCCCUGAACUGAACACUACAGGGUCCAAUUCUCCAGAGGUUUCCUCCAGUCAUCUGAGCUCCACAAAGGCUUCUUCCAUAGAGGCUGGAGGGCCACCAGAGCCCCAGCCAGGAUCCAGCAGUUCCUCCCCGCAGAAAACUCUCCCAGAAGGGGGGAAAUUUGAACGGACCAUGUCCCCUUCCAGUGGCUACUCCAGUCAGAGUGGAACUCCAACGCUUUCCCCUAAAGGUAUCUCCCCAACCUCCCCAGAAAAACGGAAAAAGAAACCAGUCAAACCAGAGAGAUCAGUGUCUCGGGCCUCAUCCUCAGCAGCUUCUCCUUCCUCUUCUCUUACCUCUCUAUCAUCCGCUACAUCUGAGCCUGUCAAUCCAGAUGUUUCCACAUGUAGCCCCAGUCUGCCUCCACAGGGAACUCCACCCACUGUUACUCCAAAUGAACUCACACCAAAUAACAAUUCUUCAACUUUGAGAGUAGAUUUCAGAGAGCUGUUGAACAUCCCGCCACCUCCCAAGGUCAAAGCACCAUGUCCUCCUCCUCCAGAGACAUGGGUCCACAACAGAUGCACUUUUGAGCUCCUGUGUGGGCCCUGCCCCAAUGUCAGCAAAGAAACCCACAAAACCCCACAGAUACAGGAUGGCACAAUUAAACAGGCAGGGACCCAGACUGAAGUCAGAAAGGAAAUGCAAGUAGUGGGUGAAAAACAGACAACUAUAGUCAAACCCAUCUUAGAAUUGUCAGAAAGCAAAGCAAAGCCUGAGACAUUGUUAGCAACAGAUCCUGAAGAUGUCCACAAGGAGCUAGAGAACAAGGAAUGUCCAGAUACUGAAACAGAGGGAGUGAAAGCAAACGCAGAUGUUCAGAGAGAGGAGCAGAGUAGUAGCCCUCUAUUUAAGGGCCUCAAGAAUCAAGAGACAACUCUAAAGAAAGAUCCCCCUCCUGUGAUGAAGAAACCAAUCACAGUACUGCACAGAGAGGAACUAGUGUCAACAGAGCAGUCAGUACAGAGACAGAAAAAGGAAAUGAGUAGUAGUGCCAUGAUAGAAGUUCAUUUAGCUGUUGAGAACCAUACAACCUCUUCACAGAAUGGGGAUAUUGUUUUAGUUGAUAGGAGCGAGAAUGAGAUAGACAGAAGUGAGGUCACAUCCAUGCAGACACUUUCUGUAGAAGUCCCCAAAGUUAACAAGGUCUCACCACCACCUACCCCUCCCCCAGCAUACCACCCCACACCUCCUCCUUCAAGAAAAACACCUCCAUCGUCAGUGUCUAUGCCACCAGAUGAAUUACAGAGGGUGCAGGAGAUCCACUUUGUCGAGUCUUGCUGGCCACCUCCUCCACCUCCUUUGGAAGGGGACUCAGUGUUUGACGGAGGGGAUGAGGUAGACUUUCCUCCUCCUCCUCCACCACCACUAGUAACAGAUAAUGUGCCAGAUGUGAUGGACAAUUAUGUCAAACAGCUGGAUGUUGUUAUUAAGCAUACUGUGGCUGCACAGGAAGUUCGAGAGACAAUUAAGGACUCAAGUGAAGCUGGGAUAUCUGUACAGGGACAAAACCCAGAUUUGCCCAUUGCUGUUCCACAAUUGGUAGUAUAUGACAACAAACCAGAGGUUGCUGUGCAAGUUUCAAAAGCUAACACCGCUGAUGAGAUUUCUUGUAGACUAGUGCAGAAUGUUUCAUCUCUUUCAGAUAGUGUCCCACCUCCACCCGUAGAGGCACCUCCUGUACCAGCUAUAAAACAAGCAGAGAACCCAGUAUCAGUCUCUGCUUUAGUUCCUUCCAGCAGUUUCUUGAGGCGAGACUCUCUGAAAAUUGAAGAUCAUUCUUCUGGGUCUCCCAUUAGUGCCCAAACUCUAGUUACAGUCCCAGUAGCACCCCCUCUACCAGCAGAGAAUUUAACCCAUGGGGUUAAUUUCAGAAGGCAGCCCAGUGUAGCAAACCGAGACACCAGAAGCAAGGAGCUCCUUGUCCGCCACAAAAGUGCACCCAUUCCUAAAGAGGAUGCUAACAUACCUCUCGUCACUCCCUCCCUGCUUCAGAUGGUUCGCCUCAGAUCAGUGAACAUGACUGAAGAUCAGGUGAAAGCUCCCUCCGAGGACAAGCCAACAAACGAGGAAGGUCCACUUCAGGAGAACUGCUCAGUCCCAAUCCCAGCACCUCAAAACAUUCCACAAAAGCCCAUCCGCAAGUCUCUGUCUUUAAAAUCUCCACCCCAGACAAUAAAAUCAUCCUCUGUGACACUGAACACCCCUUCCAUGCGCUUACAGGAAGCCAUACGUAUGAAAACUGCAGCCAUGUCUACAAAAGAUGGUCUUCCAUCCAGACUGGGUGUGAGAUCACCCACUCACAGCUGUGUCAGUGAACCAGGAUCUCUGUCCCUUAAGUCACCUGAAGGAUGUGACAUGCACAAGUCCCCAGCCUCUACUGCCAGCUUUAUCUUCUCCAGGAGCACAAAAAAAGUUGUUAUAGAGACUGCAGCUGCCUCCUUGCCCGAAGCUCAGGCAAGUCUGAAGCAAAGCUUGGCGACAGAGCUCAUGCAGCUGUCUGACCAAUCGAGGGCCAUCGCUUUCUCCAAUGGUGCAGUGAAGUGCGACAAAGUUCCUCCACCGGUAGCUAAGAAGCCAGGACAUGGCAGCAUCAGUGCUUCAAAGCAUCAUCCUGCUUGUUCCGGAAAAAUGGCGCACAGUGUUGAAGGACAUGGAGCAAAUGGAGGAGUACAACAUUUGACUGGAAUAACACCUCCUGAGACAACAACUACAAGAGUGACAGCAGACACAAUUGAAACACUGUUUUAAAACUGCUUUGUGGUGAUGAACUGACUCAUGCCAGCGGAACAAUUGAAGACCAAAAGCAAGUAAAAGGACAACUCACAGCAAGGACUGACUGACAUUACUGAGACAUGAAGCUCAACUAUCUGAGUGUCGUUGUGUGUUCUCCAAAAGCCUUAGCCUGUUAAUGGCCUUCAUUCAUAUUUAUGCAAAAAAUUGUGUCGCUCCCAAUUUCUUAUGAUAGCUUUGUUCUGGAGUAUUUUUCUAAGCUAUAGUUUAUCUCUUAAUAAGGCCCCUCAGGACGAAAUGGUGUACAUUGGCUGGACUGUAAAUAUUUGGCUUGUGUGAGAUCGCCUCCUAGAGGUUGAAUUAGGUAGAGGUCACUGCGGCUCAGAGUGUGAAACUGUCUCAACAAAGCAUUUCUGUACAGAAGUUUGUGUUUUUUCCCCGGUUAUAUAAUACAUACUUCCAUGGGGAUUUAAGCAGCUGUCAGAAAAGGCUGACAAUGGCAUACACUAAAGGACAAAUCAGCAUUUUAUCACCUACUUUGCUUAAAGAUCUAAGUAAAAGCAAAUUAUGACACUCAGUUAUAGUCCUGGCUUUUUACUGUAUCGAUAGUCAGAUCUGAAAUACAGGUAGUACUUGAGAAAAAGGGAUGCUGCAUACUCAGACAAACAGAGAUGUUUUGUCGGUUAGGACAGAGGCACAUUUGUAAAGCUAUAGAUGAUAAACCAUGAAAACUUAACACAGAAAAGCAUCUGAUUACUGCAACUGCUAAAAUGUCAAUUAGAUGCUUCUACACAAUCCAUUUCUUGGAUAAAUGUAAGGGUCAAUCCAACACAUUCUAUGAAAUCUUUUUAGGAAACAGUAAGGCAAGUAUCCUAUUUAUUUAUGUGUGAUUAUUUCCACUAGUAGCACUGUCAGUCACCUUUUCCUACCAAAUAUGAAAUAUUUAAGAAUCUAUUUCAUCUGAAAACCACUUUUAGGGCUAUGGAUGUGAAGGAUGGCCCUGGAUGAUUGAUACACUGGAGUAGACUUAGUGUGAGGUCAGUGUUUGUUAUUCUCUAUCUAAAUAUUUGGCCCAGGCCUUUUUGGUGGAAAAUUGGGCUCAUCACAAUUUGCACAAAAUGCUUUCCCCCAGCAAAAUCAUCAGUGAGUGAAUUACAUACUGACUCUUCGUAUUUGGGUCAAAAAUCUACGUUUUGAUGAUUACAAAGAAUUAUGUACAGUUAUUACUUCUAUAAAUAAAAUUUAAGUGU